AGUCCGGGGCUUCGGAUGGGCUUUCAGUUGGACGACAGCACAUGUAGAAUUAGUUACUCUCUGAGUCGGACACUUGCAGCGGCUGACUAAGACACAAACACAUACACAGAUACGAAACCUCUGGGAUGUCCCUGCUCUGAGACCUUUAGGGAUUUACCAUCGCUUCACUGCCAAACGAGCAUAUAUCCUCCCAGCGCAACCAUGCCAGUCCUUAAGAACCUCCCGUCUCGGCUGAAGGGAGGCAGGUUUAGCGUGGAUUUGUCGACUACACGUAGUGAGUUCAUUCUCAGAAAAAUGAGUCUUAACCUCAAUCCAUUUGAGGAGCCUGGUUCAGAUGAGGACUGGCCCAGAAGCAAUGGAGGCUCGCUUCUGGAUGGGCGUGUGCCCCGGGACAGAAACCCGUUCGAGGAUGAGGAGGAUGAAAACGAGGCUAAUGAGGUGCGGCGUGGAGGAUCCGGGAAGGGAGGCUCCAUCAAAGGAACCCUGGAACGCAUGAAAGGGGUCUCCCCACUCAAGACCCUAGGAAAACUGGGCAAGAACUUGCGCAUGUCUGGCAGGAGCAAGGGAAAGGACGCCCCCUCCCCACAGGGCUCUAUAGGUUCGGCCUCACCCAUGCAGAGGAAGAAGAAGGGCCGACGGAGUUCGGAAGGGAGCUUGCUACGAAUGGCCGGAAAGUGUAAGGAGAGCUUGACCAAUGGUGACCUGUGCUCAGAAACGGAUGCUGACUCCACCAGUCGUCGACUCUCCUUCUUGAAGAUUGUGGGCAAGGGCAAGAUGAAGAGGGAGUCCAUGCAGGACCACUCAUCUCAGGGGCCGGAGGAGGAGCCGGUGGAGGAAGUGCCUGAGGUCAAACCCAGGGAACCACUUUCAGUAUUGGAGAUCCUGCAGUUGGUGACAAAAAGAGAUUUGUUUUUGGCUGACACUCACAUUCUGGAGCUGGAGCAGGAGUGUAGGGAGGCCGAGUCCCCGCCGGCAGGGGGCACUGAGGAUUUCAGCAGCCCCAGCAGCAAAGACAGCAGCCGGCGCAAAGCCAAAGAUGUGGAGCUGCUGUACGAGGCCCUGCAGAAGGAGCUGUGGGACGUGGUGAAGGAGUCUCUGCGGAGCCCCACCGCAGGACCCAACCUGGGCCUGGUGGUGCAGGUGCUUCAGCAGGAGGAUCAAGCCGAUCGGGACUGGGCUCAGAGUGAAGGAGCCGCUCCAGGAGGCCCACGGCCGAGGGAGUUCAGGAAACGCUGGAGGGAGGCGGUGGUGGAGCUGGCAGAUGCAAACCUUCCCCAGCACGAAGAAGUACAGGCAGGCGAGCUCGCAGCUUACCUGGAUAAGCUAAGAGUGCGUAUGGUGGAGGACCUCGGAGCGGCUCGGCGUAACGUGGUGUCUUUAUAUCCUGUGGAAUACGACUCCUUUCAAGUGUACACACAGAGCUACCAUCAGGCUGUUACACGUCGUCUCCAGGCUAUCACUAAUGGAGAUCUGCAGAUCACUGAUAUUUACUCUUUGCUGGACUGGCUCUACAACAUUUACAAUAGAGAUGUCCUUGGAACAGUCACCAUAACAACACCCAUUAACCUCUCGCAGCUCGGCCCACUGCUGCCAGCGGAGACGGUGGAAAAACUCGAGCUGGACUGCCUCAACUCAGUCAGGGGCAAAGUGACCAAUGAGCUGUCUCAGGUUUUGGAGGAGGAGGAAAAGAGAUGGCUGGACACCCUGAACGUCGAGGAGUAUCAGUUACCUCUGGCUCGAACUGUUAUUCAGAGGCUACAAGAGGACCUUGAGAGAUCGGCAGCCGUAAACAGAAAUUUGGGUUCACGGGUUGCUCAAUGCAGUCUCAACGGACUGGCAGAUUUCCUGUACAGUUUUCAGAGAAAGGUGGAGAUGUUCCAUGAGAUGCUCGUAAGCAGCAGUGAGGUAAACGAAGACGGUUACGUCGCUAAAACCAUCGCUCUUGUCAACUGCUGUCCAACGUUCAGGAGCUUUGUGGAGCGCUGCGGCCAGUGUGACCCCUCAACCAGCGAGGACUCUAUUCGUAGAGCCAACGCGGCCCUGGACAGGAUAGUCAGCUUGAGUGUGCGAGUGCUAAACGACAGGCUUUUUGAACAUAUUAGGCCUUUGUUUGAUAAGCUGAUUAAACGAAAAUGGCUGAGCAACACUGAGCCUUUUGAGCAAAUCGAGGCGCUCAUAAAAGAGCACUUCAAGAAGUUUCGCAGGAUGGACAAUCCACCUUAUGAGGUCCUGGUGGUGGAGGUGCACCGGCGUGUGAUGACUGAAUAUGUGCGGGCUAUCAUGAGGGGCAGAAUCAUCUGCACAUCACUCAAAAUGAGGAAGAGAAUGGCUGGACGCCUUCGUGACGAAGGAAAGCACCUAAAAACACUCUUUAAAGAGCUGGAAUCCACCGCCUCUUGGCUCGACAGCGCUAUUCCUCACUUAUCGGAGAUCAUUCUCUUGGAAGACACUCCCUCCAUCCAAAUGGAAGUUGGCGUCCUGGUACGGGAAUUCCCUGACAUACGGAGGAAGCAUGUUUCUGCCAUACUCAAUAUCCGUGGGAUGACCCGACAAACAGAAAGGCAGGAGAUCUUGAAUAUAGUGAAAGACAUCGAGAACAGCGACAGCAUCAUGCGAGUGUCCCGGGACAGGGCUCUCUUCGGAGAGGUGCCGGUGACGUCAGAAGUACACUGUCUAAAUGUAGGCCUGAGCCGCGUGGCCCUCACCGCCUCAUCCCUCUUCUCCAGCAUUCGCUUCCGGCGCAGAAGGACACCAACCAGGGAAAACCAGGAUGACAUGCUGUAAUCCGCCUCGAAUGGAUUGUCGAGUCACCCAGCACUCAUAGAGCACUGGAGCCCAUCAGCACAGCAUUUGUCACUAAAGCGUUCGCAUGCGCCGUUGUCAUAUCGAAAGGACAAGCAGGGGCGUCUCACAGAUGCUCAGGAUUGCAGGUCCUCUGAGAAAACUGAAAAAGUGACACUACAGUCGGCAUGACUACAACUGUUUUUGCACAACUAACUUUGCAAAGGCUUAUGUGAAAUACAGUGGCACCAAAAAUAUUUUGGCACUUUUAAAAAAAAACGUGUGAAUGUUUUUGCGUUACAUGACAAAGUAACAAACCAAACAGGAAAAAAAAAGUAAAGAAAUAGUAAAGGUUUUAAAUGAUCGGUGACAUUUUGUAGUUGUAAGGUGUUAGUGAAACGUGUUCAUACUGUCUCAGGACCGUUUAAAAUCAGAGCAAAAAUGCCACAAAGGGUUCUGUGAACAGGUCUAGUCUCAUUUUAAUCCUAAUACAACGAAACUCGUACAUUCUGUGUACCUAAAAAUGUCCAAAUAAUCUUUGGGGCCACUAUAUGUUUUUUUUUUUUCUUUAAUUGAUGUGUAUUGUCUGAAUAUAUAGUGCAAACGUCUCUAGGAAAUGUGUUUUAGGAUCUUAAAUUGCAGGGGUCCAAGUGCAUAUUGUAAAAAAAAAUAUAUAACUACUGAUCAAGACACUGCUUGGUUUGAGAAUUAUUAGUUUUGUUUUGUUCUAAAUCAUAUCAUUUAUCAUUUUGACUUUUGACAGUAAUUGAUAGUUAUGUUUUCUUUUGUUUUCUUUUAGUUGCACAUGACUGAAGACUGAUUUUAAGGUACUAUGCAGUUGCAGUUAUCUUUAAUCUUUCAAUAAUUUUUAUCAUAUUUAAAUGGAUGAUUUUGUGGUCCAGUCAUCUAUUGUCUUGAUAAAUGUAUUUUGUUUGAGAUUACUCAGAUUUACCUGUGAAAAAAAAAAAAAAAUCAAGAGGGACUAUUUAUGUAUUGCAAGACUUAUUUAUUCCACCAGUAAUUUCAUUCAUCUGUAAUAAAUACUGAAGAACAACAUCAAUGGAAACCAAUCCAAGCACAAAUAACUGCAACUAAAAACAGUGUAAAUUCGUGAAUCAUUCUAUCACUUUAUAGACACUGUGUUCAAUGCACAGCCAUAGUUUUUCUGUGUUUAUCUUAAAUACCGAUGGACAGGACAUUUUAAACAUUUAUGUAUUAUGCUUUUAUUGUGCCGCAGAGUUUGGCAUAUUUUUAUCCAGAUUGUCUUUUCAGCAUAAGUCUGUAUAUGUUGCUGUGUGAGCGCCACGGAAAGGAAAAAAAAAAAAUCAAAGAACAUUUCAGUCAAUUUUAGGGUACUCUGCAUGUUGCUACAUAUGAAAGACUUAAGACUUUGACCUAAACUGAUAUUUUGGUUAUAGGAAGAAAAGAUAUUUUACAGUGUACAUAUAUUAAAUCACGCAUCAAUAAAUGACAGAGAUCGGA